UGGAUCCUCCAGAUUGUAUAAUUCAGGAAUGAGACAUGUUAAGAUGUUCGUGGAAUAAUUAACGCUUUUGUAUGUUCUGGAGGGACUUAAGCCAGGAGAAGAAACAGAUCUGUGCUCAAGGAGUUUUGAAUUAAGAAAAUAAUGACCACUUUAAGUGAGAUGAUAGCAGCUCCUUCGCUGUCUUUGGUAAAAUAUGAAACUCCAUCAUUAGUAACGACAAGAGAACUUGCUGAAGCCAAAGCAGCUCGGAGAGACAGCCGUUUUCCAAACAUCAAAGACAAGCCCUCAUCACCGAAGUCAUCUCGACAUGAUUCAAAGAACAAAGAUUGUCAAGUCGCAGACAUUUUGGACACAAUUCUUCCUCCCAGAGAAUACGAAGAAGAUGGCAAACUGUGGAUUCAGCCCGUAUCCCGCACUCCAGCUACCAGACUAGACGUAGUCAACCUUGCCGAAAAGUUAGAUGCUCGUCUCAUUGACAGAAACGCCAGGGAAAUUGGAAUUUGUCCCAUACGGAGAGAACUCUACGAUCAGUGUUUUGACGAGCUGAUCCGGCAGGAGACCCUCAACUGCGUGGAGAGGGGGCUGCUCUUCGUCCGCGUCAGAGACGAGCUGCGGAUGAGUCUCGCUGCUUAUGAGACGCUCUACGACAGCGGCGUGUCCUUCGGAAUAAGGAAGGCACUCAUGUCCGAGAGAGGGAAGAUGGACAUCAUCGACAAGCUAGAUUUUCUGACAUCUGAAAACGAGGAUUUGCGAAAGCAGCUGAAGCUCCAAGAAGCCCGUUUUGCUCUGAUGCAGAGAGAAUAUGAGCAGCAGUCGGCAGCAGACAGCAAAAAAUUGGGGGACAAAAUUGAACUGCUGGAAAGAGCGAAUUCCCAGCUCAAGAUGUACCCUGAAGAUAUAUAUCCUUGGUAUUCCAGCAGCAUCACUCCAAUAUACUACAAAGACUACUACUUGAAGAAGGCCAUGUUCUCAGUGAAUGCGGCCAGAGCCCGAGUCAGGAACCUCCUGAACUACCCAACAUACAGACUGCCAGCUAUGAAACUGUCGCCUGAAACGCGGUACAACUUGUACCGGAAGAGAGUCAGAAAUUUGUCGUUGGAAUAAGUUCAUGAGUGCUAUCGCACGAUUCAGUACAAAACAAAUACGUAUAGCAGGGACGAGUAAAAGAGAAUUCAUUGUAUGUUGGAAAUGAACUAUUUUUCACCGAUGCGUCAUAGAAUAGAACGUUAGAUUAUUUAAUGACGAAUCGAGUAUCGCAUUUAACGAACAGAAACUUAGAAAGUUAUUGAACAAUAAAAUUAUUAGUACAGCACACUUUUCAUCACUCUUUAAUUUGUGUGAUAUUUGAUUUAUUAAUUGAUCUGUAGAAAACAAAUUUCAUCGCACGAUUUUUCAAAGACAAAACCAAUGUUUCUGUGUUCAGAUAAGAAAACGAUUGAGCUACGCAAUUUGAAUGUCACUGAGCAUUUAUCUUCAAUCUUUUUUUUUUUUUUUUUCAAAAUUCUUGAUUGUUCGAAAAGGUAACUCAAAAAGAAUAAAUAUAACGUAGACAGUAGAAGUAGAAAACGCUUGAAACUAAAUUGAAAUUCAGGAACAUUUUUCAUUAAGUGCUACACUUUCAGUAUAGAGUAUUAGAUAAUUCAAAGCUGAAAAUUAGUAGUGCAUUUAAGAAGAGAAAAG